UUGCAUUUGUAGCUGCCAAAGUUUGUUACAUUAUUAUUCGUAAUUGUAGGUGGCAUAGUUAGAUGCAGUUGCAAAUUUCAAACAAGAGAAUUCAGAUUAUAUAAUAAUAAUCAUUCUUUUGAUUCGUUAUCGUUGAAACGCAUUUUCAAAUCUACUUCAUUCCUCACUCUCAAACAAAAAAGCAAAAUGCAGAAAACAACGCCGCUACGAAACCCUCACACUUCCACCUCCGAUCUCCUCACAUGGUCCGAGCAACCUCCGCCGCAAUUCUCCCGUUCCGGCAUCCACUCUCGCCAGCCUUCCGAUAACAUCGGGGAAGUUCUCCGAGGAAGCCAGGUCAGGGAUGAAGAAGCGCAGAGUCUAGCAAAAAAGAAACUAUGCUCCGGAUAUAAGAUGAGAGAGAUGACUGGAAGUGGUAUAUUUUCUGGUAAUGCUGAAAAUACCAUAUCAGAAGCCAAGUCUGCAAAUUCAGAAAACAGAACAAGCAUACGGGUAUAUCAGCAAGCAAUGAAUAGAAUCAGCCAGAUAUCAUUCAGCACCGAAGGAAACGUUUCUCCUAAGAUACCAACCUCUCUACCAGAGAUAGCGAAGCAGCGUGAACUUAGUGGAACAUAUCAAAGGGAAUCAGAAAUGAAGACCAAGAAGCACAUAUCAAGUGCCAAGACCAAGGAGCUCAGCGGAAGUGAUAUAUUUGCCCCUGCUCCUGAAAUUCUGCCUCGUUCCCCGGCUGCUGGAUGCAAUUUGGAAUCAAAACAAAGUAAAGACAUGAGAGAACCUGUUCCACGAAAAGUACGCGCUUCGGUGCAAGUUUCUAAUGCUGGAGGUGUCCAAAGAAAUUUCCUAUUCGGUGAAGAGCCAGUUAAGAAUACAUCAAGGAAAAUACACGAGCAGAAGUUUGCAGAGCUGACGGGCAAUAAUAUUUUCAAGGGAGACGUUCCUGCAGGAUCACAAGAGAAAACUUCGAGCAGAGCUAAACUCAGAGAAUUGGCUGGGAAUAACAUAUUUGCUGAUGGAAAGGCAGAAAACAGAGACCAUAUACGAGGUGCCCGCAGACCCCCCGGCGGAGGAAGCAGCAUCUCGCUGUUUUAAAUUGGUUAUCAAAAUUCGCCCCCAUUAACUGUGUGCGUUCUCUAGAUUCCUCGUGUUCUCAAAAUUGUAUAUUUAUGGUAUAACCCCCGACACAGAAUAAUUAGUGUUUACCAUAAUGGGUGCAAUUGUUUAAUUAUGUUGAUGCUGAUAAACAUAAUAUUGAUAAAUAAAAUUAUUAAGAUUUUUUUUUUCUACAUAAGAAAUUUUUACAGUAAAUCUGGUUU